AUGCGUGAAAUUGUGUUUCUUACAUUGCUAGCCAUCUGCUCGGCUGAAUUGGGAUACCAGUAUCAGCAGAAUGGUCCAGCUUUCGGCUAUGAGACGGAAUCGGCGCUGAGCAAUAGUCAAGCAACUGAUCACUAUCAGGAUCAUGCGGACUUCCACAAGCAUUUUUAUGCCUUCGAGGCACCCUACGAUUCCUCGGAGGAAGCAGACUUGGCUGAGCAAAAGAUAUCAUCACUUUCGCAGAAGAAUUUGCAAGUCGUUUUCAUUAAAGCGCCCGAGAACAAGGCAGUUCAGGGAGCUCUUAAUGCUCUGGUCAAGCAGAGCACUGAGGAUAAGACAGCCAUCUAUGUGCUGAACAAGCAAACGGAUCCCAAUGAACUGGCAAGCAAAAUAACCGCUUUGCAAUCGCAACGUAAACACAAGCCACAAGUUCAUUUUGUCAAAUACAGGACCGAUGUAGAGGCUGCGCAUGCCCAGCAGCAUAUUCAGGAGCAAUACGGCGGAGUAAAGGACCACAGCUUGCAACCAUUGCAGCCGCCAUUAUUGGGUUACUCGCAGCAGCCAGAGUCGUCACAGGCCGCGCAGGGCUACUAUCCAUCAGAGUUGCCCCAGCAGCCAGAGUUACCACCGCAACCAGAGCUGCCACAACCGGCAUAUUAUCCAACCAAGCAACCACAAGCACCACAGGCCUAUUAUCCACCAGAGUUGCCAGCGACAGGUUAUACGCCACAACCAGAGGUGCCACAGACGCCGCAAGGAUAUUAUCUAUCAUCAGCCAUCCCAUUGUUGCCCACACCACAUCCAAGUUAUUUGUCGCCAUUACCCAGUUCCUAUCAGGGCUACGACUAUGGCAGGGAUCAGAGCAACGUCGUGCCUUUGGCACAACAGCAGUUGACUCCUGGUCCCUAUGACUUGGAUGCCCGGACUGCUAGAUCCCGUCGUAUUGAUUUUCGUGUUAAUGAGAGACAUCGAUCGAACAGUCGUAUGAUUUUCCCCACAGACACGCCAUCGAGGAGGUAUCUGCCAGCUCAGAAGCGUAAGCGGCGAGCCCACUUUUAA